AUGCCUAAGAAGAGAAAUGCCAUGGAGAGUAAGUUAGACUUCAAUAUUGGUGGUAUGUCUCCCAAUGAAUCUAAUGUUAGAAAUAGUCAAAUGGGUGGAGGUGUUAAUGACCCCCCAAGGCCAAGACCUAAUUUACCAAAAGCUACUCCAGGAUAUUCACCUAUUGUAGCUGGUGGGACUCCUGUUGUUGGUCAAUACGCGCUUAGUCCAUUACGAUUCCCACCUCAGUCAACAUACUUGCAGCUGGAACCUUUGGUUGUUCAACCACCACAACAACAUCAGUCACCACCACAACAACAACAACCACCACUGCCUCAACAACAACAACAACAACUCCCACAACAACAACACACACAACAAGUUUAUCAAUACCAUAGAGAAUAUCUGCCACCUAAAGCCAGAAUGAGAGUUAGUAAAGCUUGUGAUAGAUGUCGUACUCAAAAAAUAAAGUGUUCUGGUACCCAUCCAUGUACAACCUGUUUAAAACAUAAGAAAGAAUGUACAUUUUCAACCAACUACAAUUCAACUAGUAAUUCCCAUAGUACCGUUGUCCCUGCUGAGUCUGGUGGUAGUGGCAGUCAUGUCCAAGGAUUUGUUAUGGAGACUGGUAAUGGUCCAGUAAAGCGUCUUAAGAAAGUAUCUACAGUUGAACCAUUUGGAUUGCCGCAAAUGAAUAAAUCUAAUGAAGCUGAAUAUAUCACUCAUUUAGAAAAUCGAGUUCAAUAUCUUGAGAAUAUAUUAUCUAAUAAUAGUCAUCAAACUUUUCAAGAACCAAAAUCAGAAGAACCUGAAAAUCCCGAAGUCGAUGAAACUUUAUUCAGUACUAGUUCUAAAUGGAGAUUCUCCCGUCGUCAUCAAAACUUAUUGAUUGUUGAAUUGUGUAAAUCAAUGUAUUCGAACCUAAGUCCAGAACUGCAAAAGUUAGUUACACUCCCCCGUACUCAAUAUUUCGGUUGGAAUAUGAGUGGAGUUAAAUAUCUAAGUGCCGAAGAAUUACCACCCGUACCUGAAAUCACCAUCGAUUCAAAAUUCUAUAUCGACUACUACUUAACCGAAAUAAACCCCUUAUUUGCCAUCAUCCAUGAAACCGUAUUUCGAGAACAAUACGAAGCAUACAACAAACUAGUCAAGGAACAACUCGAUGAAGACGAUCAACAGACCAAAACCAACCAAACCCGACUCUUCAGCGCCAUCUUAUGUCUAAUCUAUGCCCUUUCCAUCCGAUUCAGUGAAGUCUCCAAACCCAAGGGACCCAAAAUGGAACUCCUCGAACUCGAAGAGAAAUUCUUCAAAUAUGGAUAUAAAGUAAUUUCAAUCCUUAGUUUUGAAUGGGAAUCAUUUGAAUUAAUCCAAAGUUGGCUCUUGAUCGGGUUAUACCUCCGUAUAACCCAUCGUCAAACCUCCUGUUCCCAUGCCCUUAGUCAAGCUAUUGCCAUGGUAAAAUCAAUGGGGUUGGGGUUUGAAGAUGAAAACCCCAAAUUCCUCGUUUCGACAGCAUAUGAGAGAUUGAAAGCCAAACGGAUUUUUUGGUGUGUGUUUACGUUUGAUCGAGUAUUGGGACUUCAAACUGGUCGAUAUUGUGGGAUUAGGGAGGAGGAUUUCACGAGAAGAUAUCCCACGUAUGAUUUUAAGAAGGAAUCGGAUAAAGAUGAUUGGUUGACUUUACCGGCUUUGGGGAUGAUUCAUGUGGCUAGGGUGUCGAAUUUUGUACAUACUUCGCCGAAUGAUAAUCCGCAUUUAAUCAAAUAUCAACAAAUAAAUGCAGAAUUGGUUACGUUGCAUGAAUGGUUUAAUAAUAAUGGAUUCAGAAAUGAUUUAUUUUUUAAUAGAUUGGAUGAAGGGGUUAAGUCGUUGGUUAAGGCUCAGGUUAAAUUACAUUAUUAUGAUUUGGUGUUGUGUAUUCAUGGAAAAGUGUUAUUUAAUUAUAUUGGAAGAAGAAUCGCUAGUCAUGGAUUAAAAGUUGAAAUGGUUCUUGAUUCAUGUCAUGGGGUUUUGGAUGUUCUUGAUAAGAUCAAUAAAGCGGGGUUGCUUUAUACUCCAUGGUAUUCCGUGUUAUUGCUUUUGUUUAACAUCGGAGUCAGUUCAAUUACAUUGAUAAAUGGUGGUGUAUUUGUAUCUCAAGCUAGAGAUAUCUUAAAAUCCACAAUUCGAUUCUUUACCGCAUUGCGUAAAUCACCAAUUCGUAACGAGCAAGGGAAAUUGAUCUUUAGGGAAAGAUUCAAAAUGGUAAGAGAAUGUAUGUGGGCAUUAAAAAUGGCCAAUAGAAUGCUUACACUUCGAUUACAAGAAGAUAUCAAAGCAUUGAAUAAUAUUGGGGUUGAUCAUGGAUCUUCCGAUGUCAACAAACAAACAUUUACUCAAUUGGGCCUCAGUUCCGAAGCUGCAGAAACGUCGACACCAGCAGUUAAAGAUGAAUUUAACAAAGUGUUUGAAAAGCAAUUAUAUAGAAAUGAAGAAGCCAUUACCCCAGAUCAAAGAGAAGAAGAACCACGGGCUACACCUCAAGAAGAUGGGGAUACUCCAUUAAGUACAACCACAUCUGAUAAUAUCAGUAAUAGUACUCACGCAGGAGGACUUGCAAGUAUUCAAUCUGCCGACCCAGCUGAUUUUUAUGCCACUACUGAUGUUGAUAAUUUGUUGGGUAAUUUACAAUGGUUUGAUCAAUGGUUAGGUUAUGAUUUUUGA